GAGAGAGAGAGAGAGGCAGGCUGUGCGAGCGAGUGGGAGAGCGUGAUUUUGAGACAUUGUAUUUUAUUUUAUGUAACGUGUGUUGAAAUGCUUUGGCAAUAUUGGAUCACUCCUGUCAUGUUAAUAAAGCCAGUUUGAAUUUGAGAGAGAGAGAGAGAGAGAGAGAGAGAGAGAGAGAGAGAGAGAGAGAGAGAGAGAGAGAGAGAGACUGCGAGUGUGUGGGAGAGCGUGAUUUUGAGACAUUGUAUUUUAUUUUAUGUAACGUGUGUUGAAAUGCUUUGGCAAUAUUGGAUCAUUCCAGUCAUGUUAAUAAAGCCAGUUUGAUUUUGAGAGAGAGAGAGAGAGAGAGAGAGAGGGAGGUAUGAUCUGGGAAGCGAUUCUGGAACUAAGAACUAAACAACUGUAGAAUAAAUUCUAUAAAAGGACUAAAAUCCUCCGCCGAAUUUGGAUUUAUUUUUACAUUGUUUAUUUAUUUGUUUAUUUAUUUGUUAUCCUUCUUCAGAACAACAUAGAUAACCACACAGCUUCAAGAUGGACAUCGGUGGCCUGGAGACCGUGGUGGCCAAUUCGGCCUACGUGGCGGCUCGCGGGAGCGUGGACGGCAACGCGGCGGCCACCAUGCGCGACAAGAAGAUGCGGGCCAAGCUGAAGCUGCCGCACAUCACGCAGUGCGGGCACCUGAAGGACACGGUGGACCAGACCUUCGAUUCCAUGUGCGUCAAGCAGCCCAUCGGCAAGAGGCUCUUCCAGCAGUACCUGGAGGGGGAAGAAGCCUUCAAGACGGCCGCGGAGCUCUGGAAGAAGAUCGAGGACUACACCACGUCCGAGGAGAAGGACCGGCCCCAGAAGGCCCAGAAGAUGGUCAACAAGUUCUACGACUCGGCCUCCAAGACCUUCUGCAGCUUCCUGGAGGAGAAGGCGGUGAGCCGGGUCAGGGAGGACCACAAGCACAGCCGAGGAGACCUGUUCAAGGAGACGGAGCAGCAGCUGCUCAAGCACCUGGAGGAGAAGGCUCUGGAGGCUUACAAGGGCAGCCUGUUCUUCCUGCGGUUCCUGCAGUUCAAGUGGCUGGAGGGGCAGUCCGUGGCGGAGGAGUGGUUCAUGGAUUUCCGCGUCUUGGGGAAGGGCGGCUUCGGCGAGGUCCACGCCUGCCAGAUGAAGGCAACCGGCAAGAUGUACGCCAACAAGAAGCUGAACAAGAAGAGGCUGAAGAAACGCAACGGCUACGAGGGAGCCAUCGUGGAGAAGCGAAUCCUGGCGAAGGUCCACAGUCGGUUCAUUGUGACCCUGGCGUACGCUUUCCAGACCAAGCUUGACCUCUGCCUUGUGAUGACCAUCAUGAACGGGGGCGACCUCAGGUUUCAUGUUUACAAUGUGGAUGAGAAGAACCCUGGUUUCGGGGAGGACCGGGCCUGUUUCUACACGGCCCAGAUCAUCUGUGGGCUGGAGCAUCUGCACCAGCACAGGAUCAUCUACAGGGACCUGAAACCAGAGAAUGUGCUGCUGGAUGAUGCGGGACACGUGCGGAUCUCAGACUUGGGUCUGGCCACAGAGCUACCGGAAGGACAGGACAAGACGAAAGGCUACGCAGGCACACCAGGUUUCAUGGCUCCGGAGCUGUUGAAGAAUGAAGCCUAUGACUACAGCGUGGAUUACUUCACUCUGGGGGUCACCCUGUACGAGAUGAUCGCAGCCAAGGGCCCGUUCAGGAGUCGAGGAGAGAAGGUAGAAAACAAGGAGGUGACUCGGCGCAUCCUGAACGAUCCCGUCUCGUACCCGGAGACGUUCAGCAGCGACUGCAAGCUCCUGUGUGAGGCUCUGAUGGAGAAGGACCCUGCCAAACGCCUGGGCUUCAAGGACAACCAGUGUGUGGAGCUCAAGGACCACCCCUACUUCAAGACACUCAACUGGGGUCGACUCGAAGCAGGUCUCAUGGACCCCCCCUUCGUUCCGGACCCCAAGAUGGUUUACGCGAAGGACAUCAGCGACGUGGGGGCCUUCUCCACCAUCAAGGGCGUGGUGCUGGACGACAAAGACAAGGAGUUCUACGAGGACUUCUCUUCGGGGAACAUCCCCAUCCCCUGGCAGGAGGAGAUGGUGGAGACGGGGGUCUUCGGGGAGCUGAACGCCUGGGGAGCCAAGGGGAGCACCCCCAACGACCUCCGCUACGACUACGUACCCCCAACGGAGAGCAAGUCAGGGACCUGCCUGCUUCUCUGAAGACAUCCCACGUGAGGGAUCUGUAGCGCAGGGUUCCUGAGCUCUGUACGUCUCUUUGAGAUCCACAGUCAGUCUCUCUCUUGAACUAUUGAAAGCCGCGGUAUUCAAUUCUAUCCCUCGAGUUCCAGUCCAGUCCAGUCCAGGUUUUUACUCCAAGCAGGUUCUGUUUGUUAAUUCAACCUGCUGAGAGGCAGUUAAGUAAGGUUUGGCCAAAAGUUUUGCAUCAUCAUCCUAUAUAAUUUUGCUUCAUGAAGUGAAAUGAAACCUGCUGAAUAAUGUGACGUUAACAUAUUGAAUCGCACACCGCUUUGUAGUUUUCCUGAAAUACCUGAAAUACUACUGUACCACGAUUAUGGCUUUCGGUAGACUUUUUAUAUAUAUAUAUAUAUAUAUAUAUAUAUAAAUAUAUAUAUUUUAAUUAUGUCUCAAUCCUUAAAUUCUAGGUGAUGCUAAACUUUUGGCCUCAGCUCUGGGACCUGCUUGGAACAAAGACCAGGGGUCAGAUUUGAGUACCCCUAAUUCAAAGUGAUGGUUGCUUCCAAAAUGCUUUCAAAGAUAUUAACAGCACUACCGUUUGCCAUCGAGGUCUGGAGUGCUCUACGCAGCGUGGGUUCAAUCAUUCACUGGAAGGAAGCAAACUAAACCGGCCGCCAGGUUCCUGAAUGCAGCGCGACAGGCAGCGCGUCAAACAGACAAACCCUUGCUGUAUUUAUUAUUUAUUAUUAUUAUUAUUUAUUUCUUAGCAGACGCCCUUAUCCAGGGCGACUUACAAUCGCAAGCAAAUACAUUCAAGUGUUACAAUACAAGUAAUACAAUAAGAGCAAGAAAUACAAUAACUUUUGUUCAAGUGUGACAAACCACAAUUCAAUAAUACAGCAGAUAAUAGUGAUAGUUACAUCAGGAUAUGAUUAAGUACAAAAUACUACAGAUUAAACACUUGGCAGAUUACAAUAUUCUGAGGUACAGGAUUAAAUGCAGUAAAAUAGGGGGCAGAUAAGAGCAAAAUAAAGCAUAUUUAAAUGAAGGGUGAUAGUGUCCCAGGAUACAACAGAGGAGUUCUACAGGUGCUGUUUGAAGAGGUGAGUCUUAAGGAGGCGCCGGAAUGUGGUCAGGGACUGGGCAGUCCUGACAUCUGUAUUUAUUUUUAAGUGAUAAAAAAAAAUAUGUAUAUUUACACGAUUCUUUUGGGGAGAUGCAUAUUACACAGCAGCGGGGUACAUUCCCUGGAACUCUGUGAUAA